AUGACUCCCGGUCAGGAUUUCGAAGCGUUUUGGACCAAUGUUGCCAAGUUUCUGAAUCAAAGCGACCUUUUGUCCCUUGGGAGAACCAACAAAACCCUGCACAAUAGAGUUUGUCGACCUGCCUUGUACGAAACCAUCGUUAUAUCUAAAAGUUGUCCUCUGCGAUCUGAAAAGUGCUUCCUGGAUGCAGGAGUUACUUAUGUAUCUGGGUUUCGGUCUCUCAAGCGAACGGCUGAUCAGAAUGACAUUUUUCUUUUCGACAGGAUAGAGCGUCUGUUGGAAAGUUCAUCAUUGCAUCUCAUCGGGAAAUUAGUGAUACAACAGGACACAUUUGAUGAUCAUGACGAAGGUAUCAAGCUUCUGCAGCGCUUGGUCGACAGGAUUAUUGAGAUCGGCCAGGUACAGGUGCUCGAUAUCCGUGAUAAUUCCCUGUUUGACCGAAACUACUCCAAGGUCUUGCAACUGCCCAAUUUGAUCAAAGCACAAGUGAAAAAUCUAGACGACAUUAACAAAUUACAAGCUUUGUCGUCAAUCAAAAGCCUGGAGCUGACCUUGACGUUUCCCAACUUUAUUUCUGGAAGCCUCUCGAGCCGAACCAUAGCACGGUUGUCGGACGGAUUGCAAGAGUUGGUGGUCAACGACGUCGAGUGUUCCAGCUUACGUCUAUUUCAAUAUUUCCAGAUGGAAAACGUGAAGCUAUCAAGAGUAAGUUCUUUGAAGUUUAACCAUGUUCAUGGCAUUCACGAUUACAGCAAGACAAUGCGCGAGCUCACGAAUACUUUCAUGAAAAACGUUUUCAAUCUUUCAGAACUAAAGUCUCUGGAGCUAGAAGUGGCCUGCGAAGCAGACAGCUGCAAUUGUCUUGAUGAAUUCUUGCAAGAACUCGCGCCGUGCUUAGCUGAAGUUCACAGUAUUGGCCUCAUAGAAAAGACUUUUGUCACUCAAGGGGAUCACUAUACCGAGGAAAAUUGGGACUUGGCAAUAAAUAGGUUUAUUUUGAACCUCCCACGUCCGGACCAACAGCUGAAAAUCCUGUCUGUGAGACACAAUCCUCCUCUCAAUGGUUUGACAAUCGAUUCCGUCGAGGGAAAUUACGUGAGAAGAAGAACCUUAUACGAAAACGUUUUACCCAAACUUACAAACCUACAGGGUCUCAUAGCACCGACCUUUUUACAAUCGAUUUCUGCAUACGAGAUUCUUGUCUGCGAUCUUCUUUGGAACGGCUGCGAGUGCGAUUUCUGUGAAAAAGUGCUUCAGCUUCUGGAUACUUUCAUAAUGAACCACCAAUUUUACAACUUCAACGAAGGUUGCUUUAAAGACAUUAUCCCGACCGUUUUCUUCGCUUAUUCUGGUGACGCUCUAGCAAGACGUUUCCUGACGGAAAUUGAUUGGGACAUUAAAGCGUUUACGGCCCCACCGGUUGGCCAUAUAUGGAAUUUACACGGCUACGAAAAUGUCAGACAUUUUGACGAUUUUGAGUGUCUAUACGAUGAAUCAGUCUGGCCCCAUUUGGCGAAAGUCAUUAUGCAUUUUUUCAAUUCCUACAUGGACAGUAUCGUUAAGCUGUUACCCAAUUUGAAAAGAUGUAUUCUGUCCGGAAUAUAUUAUUCCGUCCAAGAAAAUAGCCACUACACAAGCAUUUACGAUUAA